AUGGUGCCACCUUGCCCACAACUUUUCUGGUUCAAUGUUCCUGAAAUAGACUUUGAUCCCUGCCUCAUCCAGAUGUUCUUCAUCCAUGUUUUUAAUUUCAUAGAGUCUGGCAUCCUCUUCACCAUGGUUUUUGACCACUAUGUGACUGUCUUCAACCCACUUAGGCAAACUACUGUUUUGAUGAAUUCUACCAUUGACGAGAUGGAUUCUGUCACUGUGCUAGGCAUUGCCUCUAGGAAAGAACAAUUUAAGGCCCUUACUUGUGUCUUCCACAACUGUGCUGUGCUGUUGGUCUGUGUCCUUCUGCUGAAGGUAUCUAUUAUCCAUCACUGUGGAAAACAUGUUCCACCUAUGGUGCACAUUAUCAUGGACUAUUUUGGCUACCUCUCUGUAACAACAUGCAACUAUACAUCCACUCACUUCACUGCCUUUCUGCUGACUGGAGUCCCAGGAUUAGAAGACUUCCAGUUCUGGAUCUCCAUCCCUUUCAGCUUCAUGUACUUUUUGGCCAUGAUAGGCAAUGGCUUGGUUAUGGCAGUGGUGGCUUGGGACAGGAACCUCCAUGAACCCAUGUAUAUCUUCCUGGCCAUGCUGGCAAUCAACGAUGUCCUCCUUUGUACUGUCAUAGUGCCCAAAAUGCUUCUCAUCUUCUGGCAGGGCCCUUCCUUGUCAACAUUUCCUGCAUGUCUCACACAGAUGUUUUUUGUUCAUGCUUUGUUCCUCUCUGAAUCUGCUGUUCUACUGGCCAUGGCUUUUGAUCGCUAUGUGGCUAUCUGCGCACCACUCCAUUAUGCAACCCUACUUACAGGGUCUCUCAUUAGCAAGGUGGCCCUGACACUGGUGGCUCGGAGUGUGGCUGUAGUUACCCCUGGUGUCCUUCUGAUUCUCCGUCUGCACUUCUGCCAGAGCAAUGUCAUCCACCAUACCUACUGUGAGAACAUGGGCAUCGCCAAGUUGGCUUGCAAUAGCAUUACCCUUAAUAGCAUUUAUGGGCUCACCGCAGCUCUUCUCACUACAGGGCUGGACUUUGUUUUCAUCUCCAUGUCCUACUGGGUAAUCCUGAGAACAAUCUUCCAACUACCUUCUUGGGAGGCCCGGACAAAGGCCUUUGGAACUUGUGGAGCUCAUAUAUGUGUCAUCUUGAUAUUCUAUACUCUGGCCUUCUUUUCCUUCUUUACCCAUCGCUUUGGAAACCAUGUGCCCAGGCAUGCCUUGAUCCUCCUGGCAAACCUCUACUUACUGGUGCCACCUACCAUGAACCCCAUUAUUUAUGGAGUAAAGACAAAAGUGAUAAGAAUGCGAGUACUAGGGUUCUGUAACCAACCAAAAUGA